ACGAUCCCUACCUCACCGGUGAUGGGGAAGGGGACGGCGAAGGCGAAGGAGAUGCAGAGGGCGACAGUCAGGGAGAGGGCGAAGACGGAGAGGACGAUGAAGACGAGGACGACGAUGCAGACGGAGACGAGGACGAAGACGAAGAUGAGGAUGAGGAUGAGGACGACGAAGAUGAGGACGAAGACGACGAGGCAAUGGACGUGGACGACGCCGAAGACCAACACGAAGGCUCUUACCAACGAUCGCUCUCGCCCACCUCCUACCUAGCAAGAGCCGAGGCUCGUCGAGGUGCUAUGAAGCCUUCCUCCAGCCUCAUCAACGCCAAGGCAUACUCUAUAGAGCCCGUAGCGGCUCUACCUCACGCAUCGCACGCACACGCAAUGUGCCUUUCGGGGGAUGGCACCGUGCUCCUCACCGGAGGUUCGGACGGCCAUGUCAGACGGUAUGACGUCUAUGCAACAAUGAACGGCAAAAGUAUGCUGACUGUAGGCGCCAGGCAUGGCUUCGUCGAAGGCAUCACAAGAGGCGGUGUAUUAGCUGCUUGGUGGGCCAAUGAGGAACAUCCGGCAGUCAAGGCCGAAGACGAUGCGUUCGACGAAAGGCUGGUCAGUGCGGUCCACAGUCUUGCGAUACAAAAGGACGCCCUUUGGUCGUUGAGCGGAACAGAGUCAGGUAACAUCAACUUGACCACCGUGAGACACGACCCUGGCACGACUCAUCACGUCCUGCGAAAACAUAAAGGGCCUGUCUCUGCACUGGCUUUGACCAAUGGAGAUGCGGAGCUAGUGAGCGGAGGCUGGGACACUGGUGUUCACCAAUGGGAUCUUAAUACUGGCCAAGUAGUCCGAUCGUACCCCGGACACGCUGGUCAAAUUUCGUCCCUGUCAUUCAGACCAUUGAACAGGGGAGAGUCGUCGAGUCGGCAUACCUCUCCAGUCGAGGGAGGAGACGACGCAGACGCGGAAGGAGAACAAGACGAUGACGAUGACGACCAGCCCCUCUCUCGGCUAGCCAAAGGUCUAGAAGGCGAGGCAAGCGGCAACAAUGCAAUCUCUGGCAAUGCGACCGCUGGCAUUAAUCUACCUGACACGACGCACUUCUCCAACGACCUCCUUCUGACCACCACUCUCGGUGGGCAGGCUAUUCUAUGGGACCGCAGAGUACCUGCCUCUGAAGCAGGUGGGAGCGGAGCGGGAAGCAGUGGUGGGAUUCGCGCUCUGCCCCUGCCGGCCAACACCCCACCCUGGUGCGCCUCGGCCGCCUGGGCGCCGGAUGGGGAGCGUAUCUACCUAGGUCGGCGCAACGAGAGCGUGGAAGAGUGGGACAUGCGCAUGUUGAGCAGUCGCUCUGGCAGUGGUAGCGAUAGCUCUGCGGAUGCUCUGGGCUCUACAUGGAGGGGCAAGAGGGGCAAUAUGGGCCUCGUCAGGACGUUCAAAUUCCCCAGCGGCAGCGGGCCGGUGACGAGCUUGGAGGUCAUGCCCAAUGGGCGACAUUUAGUCUGUGCAUCCUUCGACAAUAUCCGUCUCUGGAAUCUCUCCCUCUCCACUUCCACCUCUUCCUCUUCCACAUCAUCAUCUUCACACAUCCCCUUCCGGAUAGUCCCCGGCCAUCAAGGCGGGACCGUCUCGGCUUUGCUCCUGGAUUCUACUGGUCGCUUCCUGUUUUCAGCUAGUGGUGAUCGGGCGUGGAGGUCGAGAGGGACGGAGAUGGUGCUGGGACAUGAGGUGAGGGCUUCUGGGUGA